CAGAAUGGCAUCAAAGUUGCUAUUGAUCGAGGAGGAACCUUUACUGAUGUGAUUGCAUUCUACCCUGAUGGAACCGAGAGGAUUUUCAAAUUAUUAUCGUCCGAUCCCAAAAACUAUAGUGAUGCAGCCAAUGAGGCGAUCCGACGUAUUUUGGAAGAUUUCGAGGGCAAGCUACUAGACAGUGGUGCUCCCCUCGAUCUGAAAAAUAUUGAAUCACUUCGCAUGGGGACUACGGUAGCAACGAAUGCGUUACUAGAGAGGCAGGGGGCUAGGACGGCCUUGUUUAUCACCAAGGGAUUCAGGGAUUUGCUGAAAAUUGGGAAUCAGUCUCGGCCAAAUAUGUUUGCUUUGAAUGUGCAACGACCAGAGCUUCUCUACACCAAAGUGGUUGAAGUCAGUGAGCGCGUGACACUAGCUGAGUCGACUUCAUACCAGCGUGGUGCGAGUGAGGAUAUCUCCACCACCAACGGGACAUCGCCGGCUGAAGAUGACACUAGGUUUGUCACUGGAAUAUCUGGAGAGAAGGUACACGUCCUUCAAGAGCUUGAUGUAUCUGAAGUUGUCGCACAACUGCAACGCACUUUUGACGAGGGCUUUCGAAGUGUAGCAAUUUGCUUACUUCACUCAUACACUUUCCCCGAUCAUGAGGCAGCCGUGGCGUCGGCCGCAGAGAAGGUUGGCUUCACCCAAAUAUCCGUCUCAAGUCAGAUCUCACCUGCCAUUCGGAUGCUCCCCCGCGCCAGCUCAGCUGUCACGGAUGCAUACCUCACCCCUCAAAUCAAAGAAUACCUCCAAGGAUUUGGAUCAGGUGUCACAGAAGAAAGCCUGGCAUCGGUCAACUGGCGUAUCAUGCAAUCUGACGGCGGUUUAGUCCACCCAUCCAAGUUAUCUGGCCUACACGCAUUGCUUUCCGGUCCUGCAGGCGGUGUUGUAGGAUACUCAAAGACUUGCUUUGUACCGGAAAAGCCAGUCCCAGUUAUUGGAUUUGACAUGGGUGGGACCUCUACCGACGUAUCCAGACACGCGGGAUUACUUGAGCAUGUCUUCGAGACGGUGACGGCAGGUGUGCCAAUCCAAGUUCCCCAACUCGACAUCAACACAGUCGCAGCAGGUGGUGGUAGCAUUCUCUCAUGGCGCAAAGGAAUACUGAGUGUCGGGCCUGAAAGUGCAGGAUCAUACCCGGGGCCAGCGUGUUACCGGAAAGGAGGACCAUUGACUGUCACGGAUGCCAAUCUUAUUUUGGGGCGAAUCAUUCCCGAUUUCUUUCCUGCAAUCUUUGGCCCAAAUCAGGAUCUACCUCUGGACUACAAUGCCAGUUAUGAGAAGAUGCAAGAAUUGGCAGCCAAGAUCAAUCAGGACCAAGGUACUCAUAUGUCUGUUGAAGAGGUUGCUCAAGGAUUUAUCACUAUUGCCAACGAAGCAAUGUGUCGUCCAAUACGAGCAAUAACUGAGGCUCGAGGUUACCGAACCUCUGAGCAUAAUCUUGCAUGCUUUGGUGGUGCUGGUGGUCAGCAUGCUUGUGAGAUUGCGAACCAAUUGGGUAUCAAGCGCGUGCUCAUCCACAAAUACUCGGCCAUCCUGUCUGCCUAUGGCAUGGCCCUUGCAGACACCGUUCAAGAGGCCCGCAUGCCCUGUGCACAAAUCCUUUCAGAUAACAAUAUCCUUGUUCUCAAAUCAAUGUUCGCAGAGCUGAAAGAGAAGACAAUCACCUCCAUCCAAGAAAUGGACGCAUCUUGUGACAGAACAACAUCUUCCUAUUUCCUUAAUCUUCGUUAUGACGGAAGCGACACCUCACUCAUGAUUGAGAAGCCCAACGAGAACUGGGACUUCAAGAAUGCGUUCAUUGCUCAUCACCAACGUGAGUUUGGCUUUACACCAACCGACCGAGAUAUCUUGGUAGAUGAUCUACGGGUCCGAACAACCGCCAAAUCUGGUCAUGAUGUGGUUGGUGGGCUAUCGGAGCUAGAUGGUCUUUGCAUCCGAACGGAUGUGAAGCAGCAUGGAACAACGAAAGCCAAUUUCCCCGGAAAAGGGAUGGUCGAGGUGCCAUUGUACUCUCUCCCAGAAAUGCAGACAGGACAUACCUUCAAAGGGCCAGCAAUUGUCAUUGACAAAACUCAAACUAUUGUGAUCUCCCCAGGAGCAGAAGUCAAAGUGCUCUCCUCAAUGCUGGUUAUCGAUCUUGCAACAGAAGCCCCUCCUGAGUCCCAAAACUCUGUGGAUCCCAUUACAUUAGCAGUCUUUGCCAACCGGUUCAUGGGAAUUGCCGAGCAAAUGGGACGUGCACUACAGAAAACGAGUGUCAGCACGAAUAUCAAAGAGCGACUGGACUUUAGUUGUGCCAUUUUCUCAGCAGACGGGGGUUUGGUCGCGAAUGCACCACAUGUUCCAGCAAUGCUUGGAAGUAUGUCUUUUGCAGUGAGAUGGCAAAUCAAGCACUGGGGUAAAAAUAUCCAAAAAGGCGAUGUGUUCUUGACAAACUCCCCAAAUGCAGGAGGUACUCACCUCCCCGACCUUACCGUUAUCACUCCCAUCUUCGAGGAAAAAGGAGAAGAGAUUCUAUUUUGGACGGCUUCUCGAGGUCAUCACGCAGACAUCGGGGGAAUUGUGCCAGGUUCCAUGCCAGCUACCUCUCGUGAGCUGUGGGAAGAAGGGGCUAUGAUAGAUGCAAUCAAAAUGGUCGAGCAUGAUGUUUUCCAAGAAGAGGCGGUUGUCAAAGCUCUCCUAUAUGACCCUGCAAGCUAUGCCAACUGCGAAGGGGCAAGAUGCAUCGAGGACAACUUGACCGACAUCAAGGCACAAGCAGCGGCAAACCAUCACGGUGUCUACUUGGUGAGUACGCUAAUCGCAGAAUACACAUUGCAAACAGUCAUGCUGUAUAUGGAUGCUGUUCAAAAAGCAUCAGAGAAUGCUGUUCGCGAAACUCUCAAAGCAGUCUGCGUUACGAAGGGUCGCAACGUUUUUGAGGCAGAGGACUUUAUGGAUGACGGCUCUAUCAUCAGAUUACGAAUUGAUAUCGAUCCGAAAACAGGAGGUGCCGUGUUUGAUUUUGCUGGCACCAGUCCGCAAGUACACGGGAACUGGAAUGCACCACCAGCCGUGACCAAUUCAGCCACAAUUUACUCCUUGCGCUGUCUUGUAGCGUCUGAGAUCCCAUUGAGUCAAGGAUGUAUCCUUCCUAUCGACCUGAGAAUUCCAGAGCGGUCUCUUCUGUCACCAUCACCAGAAGCAGCCUGUGCCGCUGGAAAUGGAUUGACAUGCCAGCGAGUUGUGGAUGUAAUCUUCAAGGCUCUCAAGGUCUGUGCCGCGAGUAACGGCUGCAUGGCAAAUUUCACAUUUGGGCUUCCCACCAAAAAUGGGUUCGGAUACUAUGAGACAAUUGCUGGGGGUAGUGGAGCGGGUCCAUCCUGGCCAGGCGAGGACGGCGUCCACUGCCACAUGACGAAUACCAGAAUCACCGAUGCUGAGAUCCUCGAGCGACGCUACCCUGUUCUUCUCAGGGAGUACAGUUUGCGAAAAGGCAGCGGUGGGAAGGGUUUAUAUCACGGUGGUGAUGGCGUCGCGCGUGAGCUCGAGUUCCGCAUUGACAUGCAUGCAGGCAUUCUUUCCGAGCGCAGAGUAUUCCGUCCAUAUGGAAUGGCUGGUGGUGAAGAUGGUGCCAGAGGGUUGAACCUAUGGAUUCACAAGGAUGGACUGACGGUGAAUAUUGGGGGAAAGAACCAGUGCAAUGUCAAGGCUGGUGAUCGAAUCCGUAUCCUGACGCCAGGAGGAGGUGGCUACGGGGCUUAUGGAGCCUCAUCUGCUGUGGCUUUGAACCCUAUGAAUGGCCAUGAGCCCGGGUUCAUACCUCGUGCCAAUGGCUCGUACCACAAUAUGCAGGCCAUGGCGCAUUCAAAUUAG